AUGGCGAGGAAAUCGGAUCCGUCGUUGGACGAGUUGGUCUAUGUCUGGGGCCCGUAUAAUGGUUGGCUUCGGCCCUCGUGGAAGCCAGAGGAGGAGCAGGAGGAGAGUCGGUCUGAGGCUGUGCCGGCGGGGAACCUAGAGCCCCUGAAGCCAUGUUGGGUGGGCUUGUAUGCUGUUGAGCAGAUCGCCCCGGUUACGCAGCUGCUUGCCCAGCAGGGGAUUGCCAGCCAUGUGAUGGGCGAUUGCAUGUGGCGCCUGCUCGGCUGCACGACCCAUAGCAUCCGGACCAUCGACCUGGUCAUUGCCCGGGGCCAGCAUGCGGCCGCCGUCAAGGCCUUGAAGGAAUACGGCCGCCGGGACUCCCAGCUGCAGCGGCUCCCGCGCCGUUGGCAAGACCGCUGUCCCCAGUAUGUAAAAUCAGAGGCCUGGGGCUGUGAAUACCUCGCCACCCUGCGCACCCGCGAUGAGUCCCCCGUGGAUUACUUGCCCGCUCAUGUCUUCCAUAUGGUGUAUGAAGUGCGCCGCUCCGAGUACCACACGCCCCAUGAAGAUCUGCGUAUCUUCCAUCACGAGGACUUGUUCCCCACGCUGCCCUUGCCCGCCCUGACUCAAGAUCUCAAUUCCCAUGACCCCAACUAUCUGUGGUCGAGUGACCGUCGCCUGACCGUCCGCCACAGUCAUCUCGCCUGCGACUUUCCGAUGCUGCGGCCCGCCCGUCUGGUCGAGGCCCUCACCGCACAGUGCUUCCGCGACGUGUAUCUCCAGGUAGGGCUCGAUGGCUGGCACUACCAGAAAGCGGGGCGUUGUCGAUGGGUGGCCACCCUGCGGGCGAUCUUCCGUGCCAUCGCGGCCGCCGACGGAGUCGAAGUCGAAGAAGCACAGGGUGAGAAAAAGAAAGGGAAGGAGAAGCAGGAGAUGGAAGCCGAGGGCGCGGAGAACUGGGAGGACCUGCACUUGAACGGGCUGGAUCCGCGAUGGUUCCGGCUGGAGAACUUUGACCCCCUCUUCCAAGAGUAUAUCAAAGACCUGUUGCUGACCCAGUCCCUGCCCAGCCCGCCGUCAGCCGCCGUGUCUCGAGCCCGGCUCCCAAUACGCCACUGUUUCAAGGCGUCUCAGGCGUUUCUGGUGCUGAAUACCUUUGCGUGGCGCCUGAAGGAUGCCGGCUUCUUCCCGCCCCGCCCUUUGAAGAAAGUCCUGGCCCUCCGCGAGGCUGUGAAACUGAGCGACCACCCCAUCCUUGGUGAAUAUUUCCCCGCGCCACACACCCCGGAGGAGGAGGAAGAGCGGCUCGUGAAGUGCAUGUGGCGUAAAGGAAUCCGCGCGGAUCCCUGGUCCCCGUUCUCGUCCGCCCCGCCGCCUACCAUCCGCUCAUGCGCCCGCAACACGGAGGAGUAG